AUGGCUGAGUCGGAGUUUGGUCAUCGUCCCUUUUCUUCUCCAUGCAACAUAAAUGCAUAUAAGAAGAAGCGAUGGAUCGGUAGAGUUAACCCCAUGGCGUUGUCUAGUAGGAGGAGAAUAUUGAAAUCGAAACACGUAUACCAUGGAUAUCCCAACGUCACCACGUGUACAUCAACGCUCUCAAACCAAGGACAGAGUGAGAAUUUAGAUUCAAAUUCAUCUGAAAUGUCUAGCACAUUAUCAAACCCCCCUUCUACUACUGAUAUGUCUACUACAGUUAUGAGCGAUGCGAUGAUAAUACCUCCGACGGAUUCUCAGACGACGGAAGUAGAGUUUGCUACGUGUGAUUGCUGCGGAUUGACGGAGGAGUGUACGCCGUCGUAUAUAGAGAGGAUCCGGGAGAGGUAUGGCGGUAAAUGGAUCUGCGGAUUGUGUGGAGAGGCGGUGAAAGAUGAAAUAAUGAGGAGUGAAAGGCUGAUGAUCAGCACCGAAGAGGCUAUGUUUCGUCAUAUGAACUUUUGCAGGAUGUCAUCGUCGUCAGAUCCGCCACCGAAUCCGGCGGUUCAUUUGAUCACUGCUAUGAGACAGAUUCUCCGGCGGAGUUUGGAGUCGCCAAGAUCAUUAAGGUCUGCGCCAAGUAGUCCAUUGAGGCACACCGGUAGCAUCCGACUCAGUCGAUCAUCGAGUUGUAUUACAGAUCUUGCACUUGAAUCUUCGUCGUAUACAGACCUGCAAGAAAUUGGGAAAUGAUGAAAAGGUAAGAACUAAAAGAUAAAUGAAUGCAAAUGAAGAGUAAAUAAGUUUGAUUUAUGUUGUUGCCUUGAGUGAUUGAAAAAAAAAAUACAUGAUUAAUUUAGUUGAGAGAUCUGAAUUGUUUUUUUUUUUUUUUUUUACCAGCAUAUAUACAUGGA